UUUACACACUCGUUCAUGGAUAUAUGCGUCUCUCUCUCUUCCUCCUCCGCCAUUCGAUGCUUGAUUGAAUCUCGUACGUCCGCCAUGGAAGCUCUGGAUUGAGCUCUUCUUCUGCUGCUGCUGCUGCUCUCGUCGAUAGGCUCUUCUGAUGCUCGGGGUACUGUGCGCGCGCCCCAAGCCUUGGAUCCUCGCCUCCUGCUUCUCCCACGCCUCCGCGGCCCACCACUGCGGCCGCCUGGCCUGGGUCUCCGCCGCCGCCGCCCGCCUCCAGCUCGCCGCCGACUCCCCCGACCGGUGGCGCCGCCGCCACCACUCCAGCUCCUGCCGCCUCGGCGGCGCGUCGUCGUGCGCCCACCCCUGCGGGGUCGCCUCCAUAUGGCACGCGAUCCUCCCGUCCGGGGAGGGCGACCCCCCGAGGAGGAUGGACCAACCCCGGCGGCCGGUGUUCCGCGGGGAGGGGUCGUGGAACGUGGCCUGGGACGCGCGGCCGGCGCGGUGGCUGCACAGGCCGGACUCCGCCUGGCUCCUGUUCGGCGUCUGCGCCUGCCUCGCGCCGGUCGACGCGGCGGAGCCGAGCCGCGAGGAGGUCGUCCCGGAGGCGAGGGUCGAGGAUCGCGAUUCCUUGGACGAGGCUAAGCGGAGCUCUCCUGAUUACCGAGUGACAGGCGUGCUGGCAGAUGGUCGAUGCCUGUUCAGAGCAAUAGCUCAUUGCGCUUGCUUGAGAAAGGGAGAAGCAGCUCCAGAUGACGAUCGUCAAAGAGAACUCGCUGAUGAAUUGAGAGCUCAAGUUGUAGCUGAGCUCUUAAAGAGGCGGGAAGAAACAGAGUGGGCCAUCGAAGGAGAUUUCGAUGCAUAUAUUGAGAGAAUCCAACAACCUUAUGUAUGGGGUGGAGAGCCGGAGCUGCUGAUGGCUUCUCAUGUCCUGAAGACCCCUAUCUCGGUCUUCAUGGUGGAUAGAAGCUCUGGCAAUCUGGUCAACGUUGCAAAGUAUGGUGAAGAGUAUAGGAAGGAUGAAGAGAUUCCUAUUAAUGUCCUGUUUCAUGGGUAUGGUCACUACGACAUACUGGAGUCAUUCCCCGGCCAAAGCUAUUAGAUAGCAUGCAUGUAGAAUUUGAGUAAGAGACUUCCAAUGACAAUCCAGUUUUGUUAGAUGAGUUAUCUUGUGAAGUAACAGCUGCCAUUUCACAUUAGGGUAUUUUUCCAUCCAUUUCAAAAGUUUUUCCUCAGGUCAGUUGAUGCCACCAUAAGUGGAGAAGAUUACUAGCUUCUUUCUGUAGAUCAUUUUCCAUUAGUUUGAUUGAAAUUUCUGAGGAUACCUUCUGUUGUUUCAUGGUAUGUGAAUGUAGCAACCUUAACGAGCAGUUGUGCUUCAAUAAAUGGCUUAAAGAUCAAAUUCUAUGCCAUCGUAUCAUUUUUCGAA